UGUGAUUUUCCAAGUGGAUUGACCCGUCGCGCUAUCCUGGGGAUUUAGCUUGUCGAGGCUACUACUCGGUCCUUGGCAACACUUUCGCGGCCCAUCUAGGAUCGGAGGCAUCCCAGUAUUUCUUGCGUCACGAUUGCUAUGACGGCGUUCGGCACUCGCUGAAGUCUGCAUCUUUUACCAUUCGUUCCUCCAUUCACGCCAAACGAAGCAUACUCUGACUGGACCCCGACUUCUCCUGUGCUUGAUCCGCCAUCUUACCGCGAGGACGCGUGUUGUGGAGGAAACAAGAGGCGCCAAGGAUGGAGAAUGGAUUCGUCAAGGGCGUCUACGCCAUGGGCCCGAGGGUGCCACCUGUCAGGCCGCGCAACGCCGCAAGAACGAUGACCUCGACGUUGGGAUUCAAGGUUCCCUCUCCAGUUCUCGCCGCCCGGGGCGAGACGACAACCGCGUGCACUAACCCUCAGCUGUGCGAAAAGCCUGUGGGAUCCUCCAUGACCCUGCCUAUCGUUCUGGGAGUCUGCAUCCCCGUGGUUGUGGCCAUUGGUAUCCUCGUUUUCCUCCACCGAAGAAAUGUCAAGAAGCAGCGGAGGGAAGACCUCAAUGAUCCCCACAAGUCACUGGAUUUUGGCCUGGAAAUAGGUGGCGGUGGCAAGGGAUCGCGCGGGAGUCUUAUCAGCAAGGAAAAGGAUGGCCACUCGCGCUUCAAGCGGCAGCAGAUGUCGAUGGACAUGAACCUGUCCAGCCCGUACCUUCUGCCUCCAGAAGCUCACAAUUCCCGCGAGUCCCUCCACUCCCUGGCUAAAACGCUGAAGCAAGCCGAAGACCCCUACCGCCCAGUUGCGCAAUACGCUGCCAGCGACGUUGGUUCGAUUCGCUCACUCCCACGGGGCCACGACGGCGCCUCUCUGUACACUCGGCGGUCUAGCAGCCGCAUGGAGACGGCCCCGCCUCUCGCCUCUCCCGGGCCGCAUGGACCUCCUCCGAGAGCAGACUCUGUUCCGAAACCGCCUCUACUGCCGCCCGAGCCAAGUCACAUGAAACCGGAGAAGCCGCUGGCGGAGGAAAUCGCGGACGGUAUGGCGAAGGAGCAUCUGCCCAGCAUCGCCACAGCCUCCUCGGUUUCUCAAGAACACCACGAGGAGGCCAUCGGGGUUGCCAUCCCGGAGCCACCCACUGUGGCGCGGAAGUCGGUCGCAAAGACAACGCCGUCGCCGUCGCAGUCGAGCCCAGCCGAUUCCGGGAUAGCCGUCGAAUACGGGGAUCUUGGCAACCCCUUUGAGGAAAAACACGCCCAAGAACCGGGAACCCCCACCGAACCUACCAGCAUGGGCCUCGGGCUUUCUGUGGCCACUGAGCCUGCGCAAGACUCGUUCCGCGCCUCUGCCUCAUCUUCCCAUAGCCAACCUGCGAGCUCGGCACCGCACAACGGUCCCCAUGUUUCAAUGACGGCCCCGAUCAUUGAGGAGCCCAUUGAAUACUACGACUACGACUAUGCGGAUAUGCCAGAUAUGCCGCAGGAACGUCGCUCGCCUUCGCCGUUGAACCACGGAAGCCAGCUCGGCGCGGAGGAGCCGCGGGGCCGGAAUAUGCAGCGGACCUCGCAGCUGUUUGAGGAGCAAAACGCGGCCGACCAGAGUGGCUUGCGUGUUCCGCAACGAGAAGGCCGCCGUGUCUCGGUUGGCUUCCGUCCUCUGCCGCCUGACGAGAUCAUGGAGUCCGAGGACCCCGAGUACAGGGCCAACCGUAUUCGGUCCUUCUACAAAGAGUACUUCGACGAGACCAAGCCUGAAGAUAGACCGCCCGUCCCCCCAAUGCCUUCGAUGUCACAGCAGCAGCAUCAUCAGCACCACCAAAGUAACACCAGUUACUACGAGGAUUACGAUGCGAAUUACGCCCAGGAUGCCCCGUAUUUCGAUCCCUCCAGCAACUCGUUUGUCAUGCCCUACGCGCAGCCCGUGUCUCGCCGCGCCAUGACGCCGCCACCCUCUGGCCAGAGGUUCCCAGGUCCGAGAGGCCCGCCGCGUGCGUUCCACGGAUCGCAAUCGAGCAUGAGGUUCCCGCCGAACAUGCGCGGCCCUCCCCGGCCGGGCUCUUCCGUAUCAAACCAACUGGGCGGUCCCUCACGCCCCGGAUCCUCGGCAUCAGGCCCCUACGGCCGCCCGCGCGCUGGUUCCGCAAUGUCCGGUAGCCGUGCUGGUAGCCGACCUGGGGGACCCCGGAAGCCCAUGCCUCCGCCUAUGGAUCUCAACACGCUCCCUACCCCCUCCAAGCUCAAGGACGAUAGCUUUGCCAUCUUGAACGCCAUCGAUUUCGCGCCACCUGACACGUUCGCAGAGCGCGCCCGCGGCCGCUCUCAAAGUCCUAUUGGGGAGCGCCGUCCUUACAGGAUGAACGUACCUGCGCACUCGCCACUGGCCAACGCCUACGAAGAGCUCCCUACGCUGCCCAGCCCGCAUCUCCUCCGCAAGUCGGGCACGUUUACGGCCCUCGACUUUGCGCCGCCCCGCAAGUUCGUUGACCCGGACAACCGCAGCGAGACAGGCUCGAUCCGGAGUAACCGUAGCGGCCUCUCGGCAGCGCAUGCCAUGGCCAUCCGCAGCGGUGCUGGGCGUGUGAGCCGGCUGCCCGGCGAUCAGGUCUUCACCCAGGCGGCCAUGGCCAAGACGCUCAAACCACAAUGGGGCAUGCGUGAUUGAAACGGCGCUCUCGCUCUCUUCGCGUCUUAAUCACGAUCGUUCCGGCUGGCUGGCCGCCGAAAAGUCCAACCCCCGGUGAAGCCAGCGCCGGCAUCUUUUUUUCCUUUGGCAUUCACCGGUGGCGCGUCACGUCAAUUUCCCACAGCAUGCAU